AUUUCUUUCCAGAUAUGAUAUGAUAUGAUAUGAUAUGAAGGUCCAAAGAAAGAAUCCCCCAAAUCCAAAAUGAUUAAAAAGCUGCUCAUCACAUUCGGUGCUUCCUUUAUUUGGCUCGUCUGCUUCAUUUACUUUACCCAGGGCUUUAGAUCUUUUGUAUGGACAGCAGUUUCCUACCAGCUGAAAGACAGAUUAAAGCUAUCGCCAUCGGCUUCUCAAUUCGUAACAUCCAUUUCGUUCUUUCCAUGGAGCAUAAAACCGAUAUACGGAAUUCUUUCAGAUUGUAUUCCAGUAAAAGGAAGGAAAAGGAUUCCUUAUUUAGUCAUUGCCACACUGCUCUCCCUCUUUCCAUGGGUGAUUCUUGGCCUACAGGAAUCCAUUAGAAAUUCCAGACAUCAACUCAUGAUCUUCUUGUUAUUACAAAAUCUGGGCUCUGCAAUGGCAGAUGUUGUAAUUGAUGCAAUGAUUGCAGAGGCAGCAAGACAGGAAAAAGCUAAAUUCGCUGGCGACCUGCAAUCACUAUCAUGGAUGACAAUGGCUGUUGGUGGAAUCUGUGGGAGUUUGUUCGGAGGUUAUGCACUAAGUAACUUUCAAAUGGGCAGCAUAUUCUUGCUUUUCUCCGUUUUGCCAACAAUUCAGCUAUUUUCAUGUGGUUUUGUGACGGAAAAUCCUAUAGGAAGUUCACAUUUGCCUGAAUUUUCUACUUCUAAUGACACCAACAUACAUCACGAAAAUGUAUCAGAUGAAGAUAGAUCAUCAACCGACAUGCCUAAACCAGGUACUUUGAUGAGAAAGAGAAGCAAUAAAAGUAGCAAGAAAUUAACAUCUGAUACAAGUAAAAUACCUGGAAAAGACGGAUCUCUGCCAUCACAAUGGUUUCAAUCUUUCAAAGUGGCUGGUUAUACUUUGUUCAAAGCUUUUCGUCGCCCAGUUAUCCUGAGACCAAUGGGUUGGUUUUUCCUAUCGCAGGUGACGAUUCCAAACCUUUCAACGGUCAUGUUCUACUACCAGACAGAAGUUCUAAAUCUAGAUGCUUCCUUUCUGGGUACAUCACGCGUUAUCGGUUGGAUGGGCCUCAUGCUUGGAACUUUCACUUACAAUCGCUAUUUAAAGAAGAUGAAGUUAAGAAAGAUUCUUAUGUUUGCUCAUGUUACUCUUUCACUGUUGACACUUCUAGAUGUAGUAUUGGUUUAUAGACUACACGUUCCAUUUGGCAUAUCCGAUGAAAUAUUGGUGUUAUUUGGGUCUGCUCUCUCAGACGCAGUCCAUCAAUUCAAGUUCAUGCCUUUCUUGAUCUUAUCAGGACAACUGUGCCCCCCAGGAAUAGAAGGGACUCUGUUUGCACUAUUCAUGUCGAUAAACAACUUUGGAUCGACAAUGAGUUCAUUCGUUGGUGCUGGUUUGGCUUCGGUUCUAGACAUCUCUUCGGGUUCUUUUGAUAAUCUUGGUUUCGGGAUUGGCAUUGAAGUCAUCUGCACAUUUAUACCGGUUGCUUUCUUGUUUUUGAUACCAAAGGAAGCAACAGGGAUAUCAGCUUGAUCAUCCAUACACCAUAAAACACUUUGCAUCAACUACUCUCAUUAGAUUACAAGAUUAAAUGCACAAGGGUAGACUAAAUAUGCAGCUACCUACUAAUUUCGGACUUGCUUGUUACAUUUUCAAUGUAUGAUAUGACCUGAUUUUGAUAUAAAGAAGCCGGUUUAGUUAAUCCACCUCUACCCUUUUUAUAUCUAUAUACAACUGUUUGUUGGCAACUCAAUUGAGAAUCAUUUUUCAUACGGUCAGUUAUAUUUGAU